CCGGCUUCUCGAUGCUGCUCUUCGGUGUGUCGCUCGCCUGCUACUCGCCCAGCCUCAAGUCGGUGCAGGACCAGGCGUACAAGGCACCCGUGGUGGUGGAGGGCAAGGUACAGGGACUGGCCCCGGCAGGCGGCUCCAGCUCUAACAGCACCCGCGAGCCGCCCGCCUCGGGUCGGGUGGCGCUGGUGAAGGUGCUGGACAAGUGGCCGCUCCGGAGCGGGGGGCUGCAGCGCGAGCAGGUGAUCAGCGUGGGCUCCUGUGUGCCGCUCGAAAGGAACCAGCGCUACAUCUUUUUCUUGGAGCCCACUGAGCAGCCCUUAGUUUUUAAGACGGCCUUUGCCCCGGUCGACCCUAACGGCAAAAACAUCAAGAAAGAGGUGGGCAAGAUCCUGCGCCGCGCUCCGGCACUGGGGCUGCAAGCGGCGGGGGCGCAGCGGCAGCGGAGAGCCGAGGCCGUCCCUCCGCCCGGGACCCCGGGCAGCAUGUCGGAACCCAGGAGGAGGGGCCGCGGCCGCGGCAAGAAGCACCGAGAGGGGAGGAAGCGGGAUCGGGAGCCUGAUCCUGGGGAGAAAGCUACCCGGCCCAAACUGAAGAAGAUGAAGAGCCAGACAGGAGAGGUGGGUGAGAAGCAGUCGCUGAAGUGCGAGGCAGCAGCGGGGAACCCCCAGCCCUCCUACCGCUGGUUCAAGGAUGGCAAGGAGCUCAACCGGAGUCGUGACAUUCGCAUCAAGUACGGCAAUGGCAGAAAGAACUCCCGACUCCAGUUCAACAAAGUGAAGGUGGAGGAUGCCGGGGAGUAUGUCUGCGAGGCGGAGAACAUCCUUGGGAAGGACACCGUGCGGGGCCGACUCCACGUUAACAGCGUGAGCACCACUCUAUCAUCGUGGUCGGGACAUGCCCGGAAGUGCAACGAGACGGCCAAGUCCUACUGUGUGAAUGGAGGCGUGUGCUACUACAUCGAGGGCAUCAACCAGCUCUCCUGCAAGUGUCCUGUGGGAUACACCGGGGACAGGUGUCAGCAGUUCGCAAUGGUCAACUUCUCCAAGCACCUUGGAUUUGAGUUAAAGGAGGCUGAGGAGCUGUACCAGAAGAGAGUCCUGACAAUUACUGGCAUCUGUGUGGCUCUGCUGGUCGUGGGCAUCGUCUGUGUGGUCGCCUACUGCAAGACCAAAAAACAGCGGAGACAGAUGCAUAACCAUCUCCGACAGAACAUGUGUCCAGCCCACCAGAACCGGAGCCUGGCCAACGGGCCCAGCCACCCUCGGCUGGACCCUGAGGAGAUCCAGAUGGCUGAUUACAUCUCCAAAAAUGUGCCAGCCACAGACCAUGUGAUCCGGAGGGAAACUGAGACCACAUUCUCUGGGAGCCACUCCUGCUCACCUUCUCACCACUGCUCCACAGCCACGCCCACCUCCAGCCACAGACAUGAGAGCCACACGUGGAGCCUGGAACGUUCGGAGAGCCUGACCUCGGACUCCCAGUCAGGCAUCAUGCUGUCAUCAGUGGGCACCAGCAAGUGCAACAGCCCAGCCUGUGUGGAGGCGCGAGCGCGGAGGGCAGCGGCCUACAGCCAGGAGGAGCGGCGCAGGGCUGCUGUGCCACCCUACCACGACUCCAUAGACUCCCUGCGUGACUCUCCGCACAGUGAGAGGUACGUGUCGGCCUUGACCACGCCCGCGCGCCUCUCGCCCGUGGACUUCCACUACUCGCUGGCCACGCAGGUGCCGACCUUCGAGAUCACGUCGCCCAACUCUGCGCAUGCCGUGUCGCUGCCGCCCGCCGCGCCCAUCAGCUACCGCCUGGCGGAGCAGCAGCCGCUCCUGCGCACGCCUUUCCUCGGCCUGCGAGCGGCGCACGACGCGCUGCGCUCGGACUCGCCGCCGCUGUGUCCGGCGGCCGACAGCAGGACUUACUACUCCCUGGACAGCCACAGCACGCGCGCCAGCAGCAGACACAGCCGUGGGCCGCCCACGAGGGCCAAGCAGGACUCGGGGCCCCUCUAG